AUGUUCAGUCAUAAUAUUAGAUCUUCACCUCUCGAUGGAUUACAAAAUAAUCUUAGACCAUCAAAUAGUAUCAUAUCUUUUGAUUCUAUUUUAACUAAUUCCCGGUUGUUAGAUAAAUUAGAUCUCUCAAAGGAAGACGAAAGUAUCCUUCUAGAAGAAAUAACGAGAGAAAAUAAUAAUGCUGAUGCAAACAAUAAAGAUCUAAAUAAUAUAAGACUAUCUGACCCUAUCCAUGAUGAUAUAAAGAUACUUGAAUUAAACAAAGAGUCAUCAAAAGAAAACAUUAAACAAAAUACAACUGAAUCCUAUAUAAUCAGCUUACCAGCUUCUCAAUUUCCUUCACUCAAGCUUAAUAAUAAUAUUAGCAUACGCAACAAAUCUACAAACCAAAAUGAUAUUCCUUUAUACACAUAUUCUUCAUCUAAAAGGAUAGAUAUUAUUAACAAUGACAAUACCACAAAUCCACUGAUUAAAAAUAUUCUUAGCAAUAUAAAAUUUAACGAUAAAUCUCUACAAUCAAGAGUUGAACAACAUUACUCCAAUACAUCAAGAUAUUCAUAUAUUGUGGAAGAAGAUACCGAUUCUAUUAGAAAUUUAAUCAUUGAAAAUAUCCCAGAAAACAAUACAAACCUUAUGGUUUCAAGAAGACAAAAUUUAAGUACCAAAAGUAAUAUCAGUACAAAUAGUCAAUUUUCAAAAGCUUCCCUACAGUUAUCUAGUCCAUUAACACAUGAGACUACUAACUCUGAGUUGCAAAAUAUAAAAGUUGAAUCAUUUACUCUAUCCAGCCCAAACUUAAGCCCCACUAACGAAAGCAAACCACCAUUGAUAUUCUCAAAAUCUCAUAAGAAGAAGAAUUCGUUAAGUUCUUUAAAGAAUUUACUGAAAAAAAAUAAAAACAAAAGUUCUCCGGAACAAAUUAGAAGGAACAAUAGCAAUAAGGAUUUUAAUAAUGAACCUGGGAAAAGCUUCAAUCAACAUUUGGACUUAAAAUUUUCAUCUUCAAAUUACAAUAAUGUUACAUCUAUUCGUAAAACAAAAAGUUCAUCUAAACUAAUUUUUUCUCCACAACCACAACUUUCUCCCCAAUCAAACAACUUACACGUAUAUGAAGAAAGUAGUUAUCAAGACAUAAAAAAACAUACGUGCAAUGUUAAUAACAACCCAACCACAAACAGUAGCAGAUCAAGGCAAGUACCUUCACCAACUCAUAAAAGUUUAACUGGAAUUGCAAGUCCUAUUCACAAAAGAUCAAAUUCUGCUUUUAACCACAUUGUACCUCUGACCCAAUCAGUACUAAGUUCUCCAGUUUCCUCUACACACAAAUCUGCAGUCCAGAAUUAUGUUUCUCCCUCCAAUUCACCUCAAGAAAAUGGUCACUUCCAAGGAAAUUUAUAUUCAAAAGACAAGAUACUGAUCUCUACUGCCAUAGACAUGAGAAAAGCAGGAAAUCUACAUGCCUCAGCUCUGAAACUAAGACAAGCGUGCCAGAAAGGGAACAAAACAGCAUUUCUUUUAUAUGGGUUGGCUUUACGAUAUGGCUACGGAGUAGAGAUCGAUUAUAUUCAAUCUUUCUAUUAUAUAAAGUUGGCAACCUCGAUAAAAUCCUGGGAUAAUGAUGUAUUUAAUCUUGAAAUCAACCCAUUCCAACUAGAAAGAACCAUUAAUGAGUCUAUUCCAUCUAAGUUAGAAGAACCAUUAGUUCCAGCAUUAUUUGAAUGUGGUAUUGCAUAUUUAAAGGGAUAUGGUAUUCAAAAUAUUGACGAAUACAAAGGCCUAAAGUGUUUAGAGAAGGCUGCAUCCAUGGGUCAUGUUGACUCCAUGUGCCUAUCUGGUAUAAUAUGGUCUCAAGAACCAGAAAUAAGCGAACAAUCAUCCAAAUCAACUUCCUUUGAUAAAAAUAUCAGAAGAAAAAAAAGACGUUAUAAAAGCUGCUGCCUGGUUUAG